UGAGCGUGAGGGCGGCCGGAGAGGCUGGCUCAAUGAAGAUGAGGCUUGUGCUGCUGUUCCUGGUGGCGGCGUCGGCGGUGGCCCGGAGCGAGGCCUCGGCCAACCUGGGCGGCGUGCCCAGCAAGAGAUUAAAGAUGCAGUACGCUACGGGGCCGCUGCUCAAGUUCCAGAUCUGUGUGUCCUGAGGGUAUCGGCGGGUGUUUGAGGAGUACAUGCGGGUCAUCAGCCAGCGGUACCCAGACAUCCGAAUCGAAGGCGAGAAUUACCUCCCUCAACCAAUAUAUAGACAUAUAGCAUCUUUCCUGUCAGUCUUCAAACUAGUAUUAAUAGGCUUAAUCAUUGUGGGCAAGGAUCCUUUUGCUUUCUUUGGCAUGCAAGCUCCUAGCAUCUGGCAGUGGGGCCAGGAGAAUAAGGUCUAUGCAUGUAUGAUGGUUUUCUUCUUGAGCAACAUGAUUGAGAACCAGUGUAUGUCAACAGGUGCAUUUGAAAUAACUUUAAAUGGUGUGCCUGUGUGGUCUAAACUGGAAUCUGGUCACCUUCCGUCCAUGCAACAGCUGGUUCAAAUUCUCGACAAUGAAAUGAAGCUCAACGUGCACAUGGACUCAAUCCCGCACCAUCGGUCGUAGCCCCCCCACGGCACUGGGAACUCUUUUACAUUGAGGGAUUUUGCAAGAGCAGCGUGACUGACACUAUGAAGGCCUGUACUGAAGACAGCAAGCUGUUAGUACAGACCAGAUGCUUUUCUCGCAGGCUCGUUGUACUUGGGAAACCUCGAUGCAAGAGAGUGUUUCAGUGCUAGCACAUUUUGGAAUUCUGCACAUUUCACGGAGUGCAAUAAUACUGUAUAGUUUUCUCCCCCUCUUAAAUUCAUCUAGUUAAUAGUGUUUUUUUUUAAUGUAGACGUUACUUGUAACUUUCUUUCUUAGUCAUAUUUGAAAAAGAAAAUUGAGUUAAAGUUGGCUUAUUUUCAAAGAUUCCUGUUACAUCAGUUGUGCUUUUGUAUGAAUUUUUUUUAUGGUUUGAAAAAAAUCAGUCUGGGAAUGUAGCUGAAGUUCCCAAGUACUUUAUAAAGAGUUCAACUAGACAUCUCUGAUUUGGCCAUUCGAAUUUAUAUAGUUUUCAAAAUACUGCAAAUUGUGAACAGUGCUUAUUGUACAAAGCUAUAGGGGGAAAUCUAAUAUCCAGAGUACUCUAUCAAUUUGCGUGUGUGUGUGCGUGUGUGUGUGUGUGUGUGUGUUUGCCAGAGAACUACCAUAAUACCAACUGCUUUUUAAGCCCUAUUAUGUAGUGCAAGUGUCUUGCCUUGACCAGUCUAAUGAGUUGAUUAACUGGGCCUUUCUACUCAACUAAAUAAAAAACUAAGUAGAUGUCAUUUAAAUAAAAAAAGUUUGAAUUUGUUGCUCAGUAUACCUGGUAACAUUGAAUUUAACAGUUGGCUCUCCAAAUUUUUGUUUUUCACUAUCAGAUAAUUUCAUAAGGCACAUACUUGAGGUACACUCCCCAUUUUUAGGAUAGCUGAAAUUCACUCAGUUGAAUCUUUGCAACAUUGAUAUUAAUUGAAUGGGGAUCACUUCUGCUAGUUUGUCUCAUAUUUUAGAACUAUAUUUGAGGAAUAUAAUUGGAAAACAUUUAAUAUUUCUAUAAUGGCAGUUUAAACAAAGUUAAACUGAUGGACUGUAAGAAUAACUUAGCAGCAAUAAGUCUAUAGUGUGGAAAAAUAAUAAUAUUGUAUCAGUACAACAUACAACUUUGAAAUUGGAAUACAGUGGUAAAGCCAGUGGGAGGCGUAGGUGUGUUAGAAGGGAUUGAAGGUCAUGAGGUCAUUCAAUUCAGCCUUGGUUUCGUCUAACACAGCUGUUUUUGAGAUCUGUUUGGAGGAUGUUUUAAUGAUUCAUGGAAAGUGGAGUUAAAAGUAAGUUUAUUUUGAUGUAAAAAGAUGAAAUCUAUACAGAUGAAGAAUAUCAAAAUUAGUGAAAAUGCAUAUUAUGGAAAAGCUAUGCACAGAUUAUGAUUUUUUUUUUUGCACCAGAAUAAACAUCUUUAAUUCUGUUUUCCAUGAACUUAUUGAAAUAGUUCUUGGACUUACAUGUUGUAAGACCUAAUUUACCGUGCUGGAAGUUGGUCUGCUAGCUCACGCCACAAAAUUGAUUAAGGGUUAUCCUUUUGUUAAUAAUUUAGGUCAUCUAUUAACAGUUUCAACUUCUUCGUGUAGUGAUAGGAAAUAUUACAGUUAAAGGUCAAAUUUUCUUAGAGAUUAUUAUUAGUGGUAAUCCCAUUUUUACCUCUGAGAAAGCUGAAAAUAAUCUUUGUUAGACACUCCAAACUCCUUAUCUCCUGCAAGUUGAAAUGUGUUGUUGACUGUUUCCAGGGCUCUGUCUGCAGCUGACAUUCCACCAGUGACACAGCUAACUUCAUGGUAUACAGACAUUCGAAACUUGGGCUUUGAAUGUCCCAUGACCUGACAGGUCAGACUAUGAAGAACCUAAGAUUCUCCAGGUUUGCCUUAGGUUGAAUGACGUGUCUUUUGAAGAAUAGCUUUAAGUGACUUAGACACUGCAAAAUUCAGCUGUUUUGUUGUCACUGUUCACUUUUAUGUUUAGCCAUAUUUAAAUCUAGAGCUUAAGUGAAGAAAAUCUAGUGGGAGACAUGAAUAAAAAAUGUUUAACUAUGGAAAGUAAGCUAUUUAUAAUGUAGUUUUAUUAUAUUCCUAACAUUUUAAAUUUAUUGCUUAUAAAUUGAUAAAACAUUUGAAUUUAUAUUCCUAACAAUUUAAUUUGUUGCUUAUAAAUUGGUAUAACUGUAUGGUUUCUACAUGUGUGUGCACUAGUGUAUUAAUUAGAAGUCCAUACAACAUGCCAGCGGGUUGGCUAAUGUUAUUGGACAUUUUAGUAUAAUGGCCGUUAUGGAAGAAAUUGUUCAUCAUGUUAAUAAAAAUGCUAGUAAAACAUGGCUUUAUACCUCAGUUUGUAAAAUGUGCAAGACAAGUAUGCUUUGGGAUAUAAAUGGCGUUAGUUGCUUCAGGCAGUAGGAUUAUUAAUGAUAACAGCUGUUCAGCCUUAUAGUGAUUUACAAUGUAAUGAGAUCCCAGUGAUCUUUCUUAUUUUGAAUGUUAGUUUGGAACUUUGAUUAACUGGCCAACAUUCCAUUAUUGUCAUAAUUUAAAAUAAUUCAUAUUUUAACAUUAGCCCGCAGGAUUUUUAAACAUGGUUUGAUAUUCUGAAGCUUUUUAUUUAUUUAUUUUUUAAUAUCUUUUUGGAGAAAUAAGUGAGGAAUUGUAAAGUUUGGGGACUUACCUCUUUAGAAUUGUGAAAAUAAACUUUUAUAAUGCUUAUGUGAAAGGAAUUCCUACUUUGUGGAAUUAAAUCUAUAUUAGAGCAUGUUACGUGAUGAUGUUAUAGGAAAUGUUGCAUUGUAAAAGUUAUUGUCACUAACUGCUGUGUUGAUCUCCAUGUAAUAGCUUCUUACCCCAUCCCGUGUUCACCGUUUCACCUCAUCCUGACACCCUCGGAACUUAAACUGCUUCUCAAGCCUUAUUAUGGUCCACUUGUGCUUCUGUGCUGCUGAAGUGGCGGCAGCUCUGAGGGCUGUCUGCCGGAGCGGGGCAGAGAGCCCAGCUUACAUUGCUGUCCAUUUUUAACUCCAGUUUCCAGAAUUCCUGAGAAACACACUAUCUGAACUGUGGAGAGAAACAAAAUAAAUUAUUUUCCCUUUUUGGCCAAA